AUGGGCCGUAAAGUUACGGCAUUUAGUAAAUCACCUUAUAAAUUCGACGAGAAGGAGGAUUGUUUGUACGAACAUCUAUCCUUCGGUAUCGACAUGGACUUGUGCGUGGCCAUCCUCGGCGCGAACGGCGCGGGCAAGUCGACCCUCCCCCACCUUGUCAUGGGCGUCCUCCGGCUGUGA